AUGGACCAGGCAACAUAUGUUAAUUCAAACCCACGUAGGAAUUCUGGCCUUGAAAGUUCAUCUCCAUCUCCUCCUCAGAAUAUCUGCCAAAGUUUGUGCAAGCACCAAUUUCAACUGAAAUUUGGCUGUGCUUUGAUUAUUAUUAUUAUUAUUAUCCUGUUUGCAAUCAGGUUUAGUGUUUCAGUCACGUUAAGACAAAAAUCAUCAAUGGAAAAACAUGUUCUAGAGAGCAGGAAGAACACAACAGAACCGUGGAGACAGCAAGGACAGAAAUGCUUGACUUUUUCAUCCACAUCAGACUCUUGGAAGGCCAGUCGAUCCCACUGUUCUGGAAACGGAUCCACGCUACUGCUUAUUCAGGAUGAGAAGGAACUGAAUGAGAUACAAAAGACUAUGAAAGGGACAGGAAAAGUAUUUUGGAUUGGACUAUCAUUUUCAUCAUCAGAGAAGAAGUGGAAAUGGAUUAAUGAUUCUCUUUUAAAUUCUACUGGCCUGAAAAUUUUGGGUGAUGCUACGGAAAACAGCUGUGCUUCCAUUACAAAUAAGAAAAUUAUAUCUGAGAACUGCGAUGCAGAAAUUAAGUUUAUCUGCCAAAAGGAAUUAUAUCCUGUCAGCAAUGAAGUGUUUUCUAAUUCCUAG